AUGGGUCUCUACGAUGACGAGGAGGAAGACGAAGUGCCCGUGUCGGCGAUGGGAAAAGAAAAAACGAAAUCUCAGGCGAUCCCGAGUGUUUCCCGUGAAAAUGGCCUCGUCGAUGGGGAACCGACGCUGAAAAGGAGUCGACAGCAGCUGGAUGAUGAUGGAGACGACAUUUUCGCGGAAAACACCGGGGAAUCGACGGAAAGCGAACGACGACGCAGCGCUCCUAUCAACGCACAGAGCAAGUUUGCUACCACAUCGCGGAAUGGAUUGGAUGAGGAGAAAACAGAGAAAUCUCCGCGUUUGCUGUGGACGAUGAGAGCAAAGAAGGGGGAAAGAGACGAGAUGCAAGACGGGCAUCUCGUUGUCGAGAAGAUGAUCGAAGCGAGCAAGGAUGUAUAUCGUUGCGCUUUGUACGCGAUCUUCGAUGGGCAUGGCGGCGCGCGAGCGGCGAAACAUUGCGAGAAGAAGAUCGGAGAGAUUUUUGAGGCGAAAUUGAAAGCCGCCGGCGACGUGACGACGAUCGAAAAAUCGCUGAAGAGAAUCUUUGCCGACACUUACAAACACGUGGAUGAGCUCUUUUUAAUGGAAGCAAGAAAGAAUAAACCUGUUUGGAAAGACGGGACCACAGCGACGACCGUGCUUUUUCUCAAUGGAGCCAUCUAUGCGGCGAAUAUCGGCGACAGUCGGGCGGUUGUGGCUCGAGAGAAAGACGAUGGGACAAGCGAAUUGUGCUCAAUCCAAAUGACAAUCGAUCACUCGCCAUUGUUGCAUGACGAACGAAUGCGAAUACAGAAAGCCGGUGGCACAGUAAAAGACGGUCGCGUCAACGGUCUACUCGAGGUAUCUCGGUCGAUCGGCGACGGACAAUUCAAGGGAUUCGGCGUGAUUGCACAACCGGAUUUGAAAAAAUUGACGAUCACGGAUAGGGAUCGAUUCCUUGUGAUCGCUUGCGACGGUUUGUGGAAAUCUUUUGGAAAUGAUGAGGCGAUAAAUUACAUCAGAAACGAGGUGGAAAAGGCGAAAAAGCUCGAUUCUUUCCUCGCCACUUCUUCGCCUAAUGUUGAACAAUCGGCCUGGGAUCACGCGGUUGAGAGCAUUUGCGCUGAGGCGAUACGCAGGAAAUGCGGCGACAAUGUGAGCGUGCUGCUCGUCAAAAUUGACAAUUUCGUCAAAAAAGAG